AUGCACAUGUGCAUGAAAGCAACAUAUAUUUUUUUUUUUGUUGUGCUGAUAAACAUCUAUUUCUAUUGCUUGGCUUUUACUCCCUUUUUUUCUUUUUUUUACUUUUCUUUUUUACUUUUUCCUCUUUUCUUUUUCUUUCUUUUUCUUUCUUUUCUUUUUCUUUCUUUUCUUUUUCUUUCUUUUUUUCUUUCUUUUCUUUUUUCUUUUUUCUUUUCUUUUUUCUUUUCUUUUUCUUUUCUUUUCUUUCUUUUCUUUUUCUUUUUUUUUCUUUCUUUUCUUUUUUUCUUUUCUUUUUUCUUUUCUUUUUUUCUUUUUCUUUUUUUCUUUUUCUUUUUUCUUUUCUUUUCUUUCUUUCUUUUCUUUUCUUUCUUUUCUUUUCUUUUUUCUUUUCUUUUUUCUUUUCUUUCUUUUUUUUCUUUCUUUCUUUUUUUCUUUUCUUUUCUUUUUCUUUUCUUUUUUUUCUUUUUUCUUUCUUUUUCUUUUUCUAAUUUUUUUUCUUUUCUUUCUUUUCUUUUUUUUUUUUUUUUUUCUUUCUUUUCUUUAUUUUCUUUUCUUUCUUUUCUUUUUUUUUUCUUUCUUUUUCUUUUCUUUUUUUUUCUUCUUUUUCUUUCUUUUUCUUUCUCUCUUUUUUUCUUUUUUUUUCUUUCUCUCUUUCUUUCUUUCUUACAUUUUUUUCUUUUCUUCCUUUUCUUUUCUUUCUUUUCUUUUCUUUCUUUUAUUUUUUCUCCUUUUCUUUCUUUUCUUUUUCUUUCUUUUCUUUUUUUUCUUUUUCUUUCUUUCUUUUCUUUUCUUUUCUUUUUCUUUUCUUUUUUUUCUUUUUCUUUUUCUUUUUUUCUUUUUCUUUCUCUCCUUUUUCUUUCUCUCAACCCCUUGUCUAUGUAUGACAGUUUUCCUGUGUCUGUCUCCCCUCCCCCCCCCUUGUAUGACAGUUUUCCUGUGUCUGUCUCCCCCACCCCUUGUAUGACAGUUUUCCUGUGUCUGUCUCCCUGCCCUUUGUAUGACAGUUUUCCUGUGUCUGUCUCCCCCGCCCCUUGUAUGACAGUUUUUCCUGUCUGUCUUUGUAUGACAGUUUUCCUGUGUCUGUCUCCCCCUUUGUAUGACAGUUUUCCUGUGUCUGUCUCCCCGCCCCUUUGUAUGACAGUUUUCCUGUGUCUGUCUCCCCGCCCCUUGUAUGACAGUUUUCCUGUGUCUGUCUCCCCCCGCCCCUUGUAUGACAGUUUUCCUGUGUCUGUCUCCCCUAUGCCCCUUACAAUUCUGAGUUUUAUUUUUCUUUUUUCUUUUCUUUUAACUUUAUUUCUUUCUUUUUCUUUUCUAUAUUCUUUUCUUUUCUUUUUUCUUUUUUUUUUUCAUUUUCUUUAUUUUAUUUUUCUUUUUUUCUUUUCUUUUUUCUUUUCUUUUAUUUUUCUUUUCUUUUUCUUUUAUUUCUUUUCUUUCAUUUUCUUUUUUUGUUUUUCUUUUCUUUCUUUUAUUUUUCUUUUCUUUUUCUUUUUUUUUUCUUUUUUCUUUUUUCUUUUCUUUUCUUUAUUUCUUUUCUUUUCUUUAUUUCUUUUCUUUUCUUUAUUUCUUUUCUUUUCUUUAUUUCUUUUCUUUCAUUUUCUUUAUUUUAUUUUUCUUUUCUUUUCUUUAUUUCUUUUCUUUUCUUUAUUUCUUUGUUGGGAUUAUAGUUGUGACCAGGUGAGCUAUGAACAGUUUCGCUCCUGGGUGAAUCAGCAUCCAGAUGCCACUCUCCUGACCAAAUGGUUACUACUUGAACCUCUCAGUGUGACACUUUCUAACGACAUGGAAACACCAACAUUUUACCAGACAUUGGCUGGAGUUACACAUUUGGAGGAAACAGAUAUCAAUGAAUUGGAGAAAUGCUAUUGGGUCCUGAAAGCACAAUCCAAAUCUGGCCGAUUUGACCAGGAGACAUUCAAGCAAUUGAUCUGCCCACCUGUGCCAGACUUGAUCUGUGAGGGGCUUUUCCUUGCCUUUGAUGAAAAUCGAGACAACCAUAUUGACUUUAAGGAAAUGGCCUGUGGGAUAUCUGCCUGUUGCCGUGGCCCCAAGACAGAACAACAGAAAUUUUGUUUUAAAGUAUUUGAUACAGACCAUGAUGGAAAGCUUGGAAAAGAUGAGCUUAAAGCUAUGCUGGAGGCCUUGAUGGUGAUACGCAAGGAAAAUAGCUCUCCUGAGGAAUUGGAAGAUGAUGUAUUCCAUCAACUUGAUCCAGAGGUUGUUGCCAUGGAGAUUUUGCUGUCUCAUGACAUAUGGAUAGAAUUUUCUCUUUUCUUUUUUUUCUCUUCUCCCCACUGCCUUUUCUCCCAUUUCCUCCUUCCCCACUGCCUUUCCCGUCUUUCCCCCACUGCCUUUCCCGUCUUUCCCCCACUGCCUUUCCCGUCUUUCCCCCUCUUCCUUUUCCGUCUUUCCCGUCUUUUCCCCCGUCUUCCCCCCCUUCCUUUUUCCUUUUCCCCCUCUUCCUUUCCCGUCUUUCCCCCUCUUCCUUUCCGUCUUUCCCCUCUUGCUUUCCCCCUUCUUUCCCCUCUUUCCCCUCUUGCUUUCCCCCCCCCACUUCAUUUCCCCUUACAUCCCCCACUUCCUUCCCCCAUUUCCUUUCCCCCUACUUCCUUUCCCCCCACUUUUGAUGGUUGUAUAACAAUGGAGGAGUAUUUAGUGUGGACAGUCAAUAAUACGUUAUCAGAAGAUUUACUUAACCUUCUCAGUCAAGUAUGCCACAUAGUGUUGGGUCUUCGACCACAGACACGUGAGGAAGAGGGUAAAAUUGUCAAGGGUUGGUUGGAGAGAGAAUCUCGGAAAGUUCUCAAAGUUGGACAAACCUGGUAUCUCAUUAGUAUGGCAUGGUGGAACUCCUGGAAUGAAUAUGUCUCAUCAGAAGUUUCUGCUGUUUACACUGACCUUGACAUUCCAAUCUCCAAUGACAUCAAAUGGUCAAGCACCGACUCGUUGGGCCGCCAGAAAAUAGCUAAGGGCAAUAAGAAUUCCUUGCUGGCCAUGGAAGAUGACUCCGUGGUGAUGGUGAACAUAACCAGAGUGGAGAACAGCUACACAAUGCAAUCUAUGACGUCAAGCAUGGUUGACGACAAUUGUUCAAGAUCAGCUGUCGGCCUCUGCGGUAGUGGCCGGCGUGAAGCAUUGAAUCCACUUGACAUGUGCAGUAACAGCAUCACCCGCAGCCCAAGUGCUUCACCCAAAAUGCGCAAGAAGACACAGGUGUCUCUGCCACAGAAACCAGGGGCCAUUGACAAUAGUCCUCUUGUGCAAAUGAAUGCAAUAAAGGUUAUGACACUAACAAAUGAAGGAGGCCGUUUGAAGAAAGAUGUCCCUCUCGUUAGAUCAAAAGAUUUUGAAAUUGUUCCAGAACCUGUAUGGAGAGCUUUGUCCAGCUGGUAUGGAGGCAAUCCUGCACUACCUCAUAUUGCCAACCUGUCAGCCAACACCCCACGAAGAUAUAUGGCCUAUACUGCAGCUUUCAGCCGACAUCACACCUUGCAACAGAUUUAUGAGUUCCUGUGUGGACGGUUGCGAUUCAACAAAGAGGAUAUACGACUUUGGAAGUUAAAAGAUGAGCAAAACAUGACAUUACUUGAAGAUGAAUGUAUGACUGUGGAAGAAAGUGGAAUCGAAGAAAACCAACAGAUUCUCAUUGAAGUCCGAAACAAGGAUCUUACUUGGCCUGAAGAAAUGUGCCAAUUGGCUAAACAUAAAAACUUUAGUAAAAAAGAUAAUGUUCCAACUGAACAGGGUGCCACUGGCCUGAAUAACCUGGGCAACACGUGUUUCAUGAAUGCAGCUGUGCAGUGUGUUUCCAACACUUGGCCCCUCACACGUUACUUCAAUGGUGGGCUUCACCUUUACGAACUCAAUCGAGUUAAUCCUCUCGGAAUGAAGGGUCAUAUUGCCCAGCGAUAUGGUGAACUUGUCAAGGAUUUGUGGAGUGGAUCUUCUAAGACUAUUGCUCCCUUAAAGCUCAGGUGGACCAUUGGUAAAUAUGCACCCCGGUUUAAUGGCUUCCAACAACAAGACUCCCAAGAGUUGCUUAGUUUUCUGCUUGACGGAUUACACGAAGAUCUGAAUCGAGUUCAUGAGAAACCAUAUGUGGAACUGAAAGACAGUAAUGGGAGACCUGAUGAAGAGGUGGCACAAGAGGCCUGGGAGAACCAUUUAUUACGGAACCAGUCUAUCAUUGUUGACUUAUUUCACGGUCAGUUGAAAUCACAAGUGAGAUGUAAAGAAUGUGGCCAUGUAAGCGUACGAUUUGAUCCAUUUAAUUACCUGUCGUUACCUCUACCGAUGGACAGCUGUGUACACCUGGAAGUCAUAGUGAUCUGGCUUGAUGGUUCUGUGCCAAUCAAAUAUGGUCUGAGACUCAACAUGGAUGAAAAGUACAAAACCCUCAAGAAAGAGCUUGGAAAACUUGCAGACAUUUCUGCCAAUCAAAUUUUAUUUGUAGAAAUAACUGGUUCUCUGGUCAAGAAUCUUCCAACUGAUAAUCAGAAAGUUCGAACUCUUCUAGGAGGCAGUCUGUAUGCAUAUGAACUGCCUCCUCCUGCUGGUAACAGUGAUUCGGAAGCUGUCUCUUCAACGGAGGGAACGGCCAUUAUUUCAGCCUUAUCUACAACAGUGACCACAACAAGCACGGCCGUAAUUGCUACACCGUCCACCAAAGAAUGCAUUGGCCUCAGUGAAAUUCAACGAGGCCUGUCCACUCGUAGAAGCCCUUACCACAGCCUAAGCAAAAGCAACUGUGGUGGUAGCAGUGGUUUAGUGUCACAGGCUCAAAGCAAUGGCUGGGACUCUCCUUCAAUCAACUCCGAUAGCUUAACCAAUGGCAGCAGCAGUGUCAGUUCUGGUGGCAGUGGAGGCCACUCUCGGAAUCCGAGCAAUGCCAGCUCUUGCAGCAGCUCCCUCAGUGAUAGCCUGCCACGUUCAGUAGGUGAUGUCUUCAAAGGAUUCAUCAUUGGAUAUCAUAGAAAAAUGACACAUGUUGAUGACUACUUCCUAUCUUCACAAAAAGCCCACCCUGAUCUGUUUGGUACGCCUUUGAUCUUGCCAUGUCAAGAAGCCACAACUAAUCAGGAUCUGUAUCAAUUUGUAUGGACACAAGUGGCAAGGCUCGUCAGCCCAUUACCUCCCUCAGAAGCCAAGACUCCAAACCAUGCUCAAGACUGUGAUGAUAGUCUUGGCUAUGAAUAUCCAUUCACUCUUAAAGUGGUUCAGAAAGAAGGUUUUGCUUGUGCCUGGUGUCAGUGGUAUAAAUUUUGUCGGGGCUGCGUUAUUGAAUGCAACACAAAUCCAUUCAAUUUUGGUAGCUCUUUUGUUGCCAUUGACUGGGAGCCAACGGCUUUGCAUCUCCGAUACCAGACCAGCAAUGAGAAGCUUUUACAAGAACAUCGAAGUGUAGAAGAAAGUCGCAGGUUACAAACGGAACCAAUUGAUCUGGACACGUGCCUUCAGGCGUUCACCAAAGAAGAGGAACUUGGAGAAGAUGAACUCUACAGCUGUUCAAAAUGUAACAAACGUUGUCUGGCAUCUAAAAAGUUAGAUAUUUGGCGCUUACCUCCUAUUCUGAUUGUUAACCUCAAACGAUUCCAAUGUCUGAAUGGACGUUGGGUAAAAUCCCACAAAAUAGUUAAAUUUCCAUUUAAAGACUUUGAUCCUAGUUGUUAUCUUGCUCCUCGUGCAUCUCGAAAUUGCAAAAAGGCUGAGCCUGAGGACAUUGUACUGACCAGCGUGGAGGAAGAAGAGGAGGAGGAGGCAGAAGACCUGUGCAAUAGUAAUGAGCUGAUUAAAAAUGGUAUCUGUGCCAAUAAUGCCGACCUGGCUGGAGAGUCUACUGUGCCACCAGCAUGCUCACCUGCUCAGGUAAAUCAGACAGAGAAGAACACACAGCAAUGCAACAGCUCAGAUUCCCUGGAAAACAGUAGUUGUUGUAAACGACAGAAAGUAAUGCAAACGAACGGUACACCACUAUUGUCAACCUCAACACUAUCAUCAAAUCAACCUCCAAUAAACAAACACAAAUUGACCAAUGGGGACAUCUUCCACAACCACAUUGGUGGGGUUAAAGAACAAAAACUAACAAAAGAAAAAAUCUCUUCUCUUAUUUCUGACUGUGAUGCUGAUUAUACGAAUGUUCGCUAUGAUCUCUAUGCUGUCUCUUGUCACACGGGAAUUUUAGGUGGAGGCCAUUAUGUAGCCUUUGCGAAAAACCCAAACAAUCACUGGUACUGCUACAAUGACAGCAGUUGUAAGGUCAGAGUCUCUUUCACUCUCUCGCCUCACCUCCGCCUUCUCUCUCGCCUCACCUCCGCCUUCUCUCUCGCCUCACCUCCGCCUUCUCUCUCGCCUCAGCUCCGCCUUCUCUCUCGCCUCGACUCCAUGAUCUCUCUCGCCUCAGCUCCGCCUUCUCGACUCCAUGAUCUCUGUCGCCUCGACUCCAUGAUCUCUGUCGCCUCGACUCCAUGA